UGUGUGUGUAUAUAUUUAGGCAAACAAUUGCAGAGGUUCUACUAUGUGAAUAUAUAUGUAAAUCUUCAAAUAUGUAAAUGAAGAGUUCCUCCCCUUUGAUGGGAUUGGUCUCAUCUUUAUCAGAGUAUAAAUGUUAGAAGUUAGAACAAGGCUCGGCAUUGAACUCAAGAAGAAACAAAAGGUUGAUGAAAAUGGAUUUAGGUGGCUGUUUCUUAAAAGCUUUUGUUCUACUUUUACUAAUCAAGGCUACCUAAUCACAAUGCUUCAAAUUUGUUUAGAAGAACAGACUAACAAAACAUAUAAAAUGUAACUUUAUGAUAGGAAAUUUCAAGUUUCUAAAGAUAAAUUAUCACCAAGAAAAAUACCUCUUUUCCUCGAGAAGAAGCCACACCAUGUGAACUGCAUGGAUCCAAAUAAAAAACUUGCAAUACAAAUUUCCCAAAAAUCUGCCUUAAUACAAUGUAACUUUGUCUUCUUGCCGCCUUCGUUGACUUCCUAUGCUUCUUCCAAAUCUGAAAAGUCUCUGCCUGACUGCCUUAUUACUUCCACAUCAGACCAUGUCAGUGCCAUGUCACACUUAUUUAUAGUUUUUAACACUAUUAUUAAUGGCAGGAACUAAACUCAAAAAUUAAAAACUAUGCCAAAUUGGGUUUCAUGUGGUACAGCAGCCUUGAACUGGAAGAAGCAAAAACAGUGGAAAAUAUUCAACCUUUUUCAAUGGGAAAGGCCGGGAGAAGCGCACUUUGAGAUUGAAACCCCCCCAAAAAAAAACUCCCAAAACUCAUUUUCACUUUGCUUCAGUGCGUGCCCAACUCCCCCACUUUCCCUCAAACUUUUCUUCCGAAAACAAUUUCCAUGGAUUUCAAUUCCAAAAAUACACUCCAUCUUCUUCAUUUCCCAUCUGUCCAUCUCAUUCUCCCUUCCCAACCAUGGCUUUCAACUCCAAGUUCCAAAAGAAACCCAAUGUUUCCCCUUCCCACUGCAAUCUCUGCACCACCCUUUUCUUCGUCGUUCUCUUCACAGUUCCCACUCUGUUUCUCCUCCACACUUCCACCAUCUCUGUCUGCUCUCUCUCUGCCUCCACUGCCCGCCUGAACUCGUGGUUUGGAGAUCUUCGUGAUGCUCAAUUUGCUUGGAAUCGCCUAGCUUUUGCUUUAGAUAGUCCCCCACCUGUUGUUCUGAAAAUUGCAGUAUUCUCUAGGAAAUGGCCGAUUGGAACAACCCCAGGUGGGAUGGAGCGCCAUGCUCAUACGCUUCACACGGCUCUGGCUCGCCGUGGCCAUCGCGUUCAUGUUUUCACCUCACCAGCGCCCAACUAUGGCAUAGUCCAGAACCUCUCUUCUGUAACUUCAGCGCCGUACAUCCAUUUCCACGAAGGCGAACCAGGCCGAUGGCGGUACAACAAAGCGUGGGAGCAAUACGAAGAAGAAAACCACCGAGAACCGUUCGACGUUGUUCACUCAGAGAGCGUCGCACUUCCUCACUGGUUAGCCAAACAGCUCUCGAAUCUCGCAGUUUCUUGGCAUGGGAUUGCUCUAGAGAGCUUGCAAUCGGACAUAUUCCAGGACCUGGCUCGCCGGCCGAACGAGCCGAUAUCGCCAGCAUUCAACAAGAACAUUCAAGGCGACGUCCCGAAGGUACUGAAUGAGAUCCGAUUCUUCAAAGAUUACGCUCACCAUGUCGCCAUCAGCGACAGUUGCGGAGAGAUGCUCCGAGAUAUGUACCAAAUUCCAAGCAGAAGAGUCCAUGUGAUCGUCAACGGCGUCGAUGAGGACGAUUUCGGCGAGGAUUUCAAAUUAGGACAAGAAUUUAGGGCCAGAAUCGGGGUACCUAGAAACGCAAGUCUAGUCCUCGGCGUAGCCGGAAGAUUGGUGAAAGACAAAGGCCAUCCGCUACUCCACGAAGCUUUCUCCAUCAUAACAGAGCAACAUCCAAACGUCUACCUGGUGGUCGCCGGAGCAGGACCGUGGGAAAACCGGUACAGAGAUCUAGGUCCUCGAGUUCUGGUUUUAGGAUCGAUGAGUCCGUCGGAACUUAGGGCUUUCUACAAUGGGAUCGACAUCUUCGUGAAUCCGACGCUCCGGCCACAGGGUCUGGAUCUAACUCUGAUGGAGGCUAUGGCGAGCGGGAAGCCGGUAAUGGCAUCGAGGUUUCCGAGCAUAAAGGGCACGAUUGUUGUGGAUGAUGAGUACGGGUUCAUGUUCGCUCCGAACGUGGAGUCGUUGGUAGAGACGCUGGAAGCGGUGGCUAAAGAAGGUUCAGAUCGGCUGAGGCGGCGGGGGAAGGCUUGCCGACGAUAUGCGGCGUCCAUGUUCACUGCCCGGAAGAUGGCUCUUGCUUACGAGAGGUUAUUUCUCUGCAUCAGAGAUGAAGCGUAUUGUAAUUAUCCUUAAUUUUUAUUUUUAUUUUUCCAAAUUUCUAUGUUGUGAUCAAACAUUUCAUUUGUGAGAGAGCUUCUUGAUACGAUUGAUAUCCUGAAGAGAAAAA